AACAAUAUCGAAUCAAAACUUUUCGCAUAUAAAAAUGUGCAACGGCGUCGAAAGUUUUUCAUUAGUGCAAAAAAGUUCUCACUUGUCAGCCAGAACAGGGGGCAAAAACGCUUUGUGAAGUGGAAACGUGGCGAGCGAGUCGAACGAGUCGAGUGGCGUUGGCAAUUGCCGUGGAAUUUUUGCGAAACACAAAUUUUACCGUUGCGUUUUUUUUUUUUUUUUGAACAUUUCCAUUUCCUUUGCUGUGUGCUGAUUUCGUGCGAAAGUCAUAAAAUAAAUUCGCGUUUUUGCUAAGUGUACAGUUUUGUUUUUGGGUUUUUUGUUUUUGUAUUGUGCAUACAACUUGUUGAGGAUGUAUCAAUUUGGUGCACAUGAAAAACGCGCAACAACAACAGCAACAAUGAGCGCUACUGUGUUGGCUGCGGACGGCGGUAAAGGAAUGUCAAUACCUGGACUCACUUGGUUGGUGUUGUUGGUGGUUUUUGUGGUGUUUGCGUUGCCACCUGGCGCCGUCUCAUUGACACCAACCGCUCCCUUACACAGUUUCGUCGAGGCCUGCCAAGUGAAACACAACAUCACCUUCCAAGAACUAGAUGAAUUUCCCACCGAUCCGAGUCCGGAAGAUAUCGAUAUGAAAUUCAAAUGUUAUGCCGAUUGUCUGCUAAAUGGCAUGGGCUUCAUGGACACAAAUGGCAAAUUGGAUGCCGAGGCAUUGCAUGAAUUGGGCAUUUUGAAUGAUGAAGGCUACGAGAAUAUGCUCGAGUGUAAGGCCGCCAAUGAUAUGGAGGAUGAUCCGUGCGAAUAUAGCUUUGGCAUGAUGUUAUGCGCGCGUAUGCUCAAUUCAGAGGAGGAGGACUACUACAGUGACGAGGUGGAUGAAGCGGCAGAGGAAAGGCGUAGAAAAUGAGCGGCUAGAUAUAUGGUUCGUUGAGAAAGAAAUCUCAAAGCAAAAGAUCUAUGUUAACCAUAGCAUCUGAAUUAGUGGCUAACCGAAAUUUUUUUAGUUUCGGCAAUUUUAAUAUGUUAUUUAAUUAUAUUUAUAUAUUAUUGUUUCUGCGUAAAAUAUGGUAAAUACAAAACACUUUACAAACUACAAUAAAAGUUUUUGGUAGAAAUUUAA